AUGAAGUCUGAUAACAAUGAAGAAAAAUGCAAUCAAUUUAAAACAUUCCCUGAAGAAGAUAUUAAGGAACUAGAUGACUUGAUUGCUAAAAAAUACAUGAAUAUGAAGUCGUUUAACAAUGGACUAUUUAUGUACGAAUUCGCUGCGAGAAAUGUUGAUGAAUUAAUAUCUCUAGCAAAGAAAAUUGGUGCUAUACUACAAUUUUAA